AUGUAAUAGGCAUGAGCAUUCGGGGUCCCAAUCUGGUUUCUAUUUUGUCCAAUCGGAUCUCAGUUUUUCGGGUUUAUCAAAAUCAGCCCAUUCGAAUUAUAUGAAAGUUCGGUUUGAGACCGAUUUGGGUUCUAAAAGGUCCGGGCCGUGGUUAGUAAAUCCUCAAAGAACCGGUACAACCCAAUAUAUUUUCGGGUUCGGAUCCCAAUCGGUUCUUUAGUUUAAAAGUACCUGAUUUGUAUCUAUUUUGUAACCAAAACAUAAGUAAAAUCGGUUCUUUAGUUUUAAAGUAUUUGAUCAGUACAUAUCUUGUAACCAAAACAUAAGUAAAAUCGGUUCAAAACUAAGAAAAGAACAUCAAACGUGAUCAUUCAAAAUUAAACAAAAGUGAAACAUAGUUAUUGAUAGAAAGAAAACAAAAUAGAUAAAACCAUAAAACCAAGUUCUCAUGAAAUGAGAAACAUUAUUCAACGAAAACAAAACUAAAUCUAAAACCCUUAAGCAUCACCACCACUUUCAAACAUCAACCUUCGUGUAAUAGACAAUUAUUUUAGAUGUUCUUCAAUAUCUUUAGGGUCCGACUAGUAACAAUUCUGGAAACAAAAGGAACGAAUAAGAAAGAAAUGCAGAGAAACAAAAUAGCAGGAAUGAAAUUUAAAAUAGCAGGAAGAAAGGAAUGUAGUGACCAUUCUUUUUCAAAUUUAACAAGGAAUAAUUUUAUUCUUUAUUUCUCUACAAAAAAAAGUAAUGAAAUGGAAUGAUAAGGAAAAAUUAUCCCUUGUGAAUGAUAAUUUUUUCGGAAUGGUAGAAAAUGCAUUAUUCCUCGUCAUUCUUUGGUCACCAUUAGUGUAUUUUGUAUACAUAUUAUGAAUCGAAAUCAUGUUCGGUACAAGUUUUUUUUGGAAUUUUGAAUGUUUUGGGUUCUAUCGGAUAUCCAUUUAAGUUCGGGUUCAGUUCGAAUAAUACCCACCCAUAACCUGAAAUAAUAUAAAACAAGAUCCAUUCGAUAUUUAUGUUGGAUUCAGAUCGGUUCAGAAUCAUUUUAUUGGAUCAGGUUCAGUUCGGAUUUUCGGGUUCGGUUUAUUUGCCUAGUCCCAAUUCUAUUUUUUUAGUUAAACUCGAAUAUAUUUAUGAUUUAUCUCUCAAUUCAGUUUUGUAAUAAAUUUGUAAAAGAAAGUUAUCAGAUUCAGUAUUCACCAGAUUCUAUUAAAAUCUAAAUUUUCUUUUUGAAAAAUUAGUAUAGAAUCCACAAAAAGGAUAAUUCCACCAAAAAAAUCUCCAAAGUCAGUAAGUCAAAUAUAUGACAAUAUAACAUUCCUUAAUAGUAAAGAAAAACAUUACAUGGGCUGACUGUAUGGUAAAGCCCAAAUACUUUAAUCAUCGUGUAGGAAAAACAUUGAGUCGGCCACAUACCAAAGAAUAUUCUCUCUCCCGUGACGGUUCUUUUCUUCUCUCUCUCAUCUCUCCCUCCGACGAAAUUUCGCAGAUUCCGUCAUGUCUUCCGGCGGAAACUCAGCUGCCUCCACCGCCCCCGCGGUUGAAAAGAUGUUCUUUUGCUACCAGUGCAACCACACAGUCAACAUCUCAAUCUCCUCCGCCGCCGAUCCUUUCUGCCCUCUUUGCUCCGGCGGCUUUCUUGAAGAAUACGACGAACCCGUCCCUACUCUACCCGCGAAUCUCAACCCCGCCGCUUCCGAUUUCUUCCCCAUGGCCGAUCCUUUCUCCACCUUGCUCCCUCUCCUCUUCGGCUCCUCCUCCGCCCCUCCUCCUUCCUCCGCAAACCCGAGCUUCUUCGGACCCCGCUCUGCCCAGAACCAGCCUCAAGGCGGCGCCUUUGAUCCGUUUUCCUUCCUCCAGAACCAUCUCCAGCAUCUCCAGUCCAGCGGCACGCACGUGCAGUUCUUGAUCGAGGAUCAUCCCUUGGAUCCCUCUAACCAAGCCCCGGGGCAUCUCGGGGACUACUUCUUUGGCCCUGGUCUCGAGCAGCUGAUUCAGCAGCUCGCGGAGAACGAUCCCAACCGCUACGGAACUCCUCCGGCUUCGAAAUCGGCUAUCGAGGGGCUGCCUACUGUUAAGGUGAGUAAGGAUAUGUUGAAGUCUGAGAUGAACCAGUGUGCUGUUUGUAUGGAUGAGUUUGAGGAUGGCGGCGAUGUGAAGCAGAUGCCUUGCAAGCAUGUGUUUCAUCAGGAUUGUUUGAUGCCGUGGCUGGAGUUGCAUAACUCUUGUCCGGUUUGUCGGUAUGAGUUGCCUACGGAUGAUCCUGAUUAUGAGAGCAGGAGUCAGGGGCAAGGAGGUCAGACGAGUGGGGAUGGUGGGCAGACUCCGAGGAGCUUUAGUGUGCAGCUUCCUUGGACGUUUGGUGGGAGACGGGAUGGUUCAGGGUCAGGACCACCUGGAAGUGGUGGUGGUGGUGCUGGUGGUGGUGCUGGUGGUGGAGGUGGGUCUAAUCUUGGGACCAGGCAGGAAGAUUUGGAUUGAGUAUGGCCAGAGUCAUUGCUUGGAAAAUUGGAUUGGGAGAAGGAUGUGCACAAGUUCUCACCAAAACAAAAGGCAGUUUCAUUAGGAAAAAAGUGACAUUGAUAUUUUGCAAUAUUUUGUACAUUUACAAAGUAAAAAACAAAGGAGGAUUUUCCUUGUCGGUGUUAUUUUGGGAUUUAUAUAACGAAUGUGAGUUUUAAAAAUCGGAAUAUUUCAUAUAAAUGUGUUAUCUUGGUUA